AUGUCUGGGAUCGAGUGGGAAGCACGCAGCUGCGCCGGGAGUACAUUUGGUUGGGAACCAGAAGAGCGCGCGCCGUUUGCGGGGCUGCUAGGGGACAUAUUCCAGGCGCUGGACCGGCUGGAACACCGCAGCGACCAGGACAACCGCAAGAGUAAUCACGGAAUCUCGAUACAUGACCUUUCGACACAGCUGACGGCGCUGCUACCGCCGCCGUCCACACCCUCGCGCCAUCUUUGGCUGGAAACGCCUCAGAGCCAUGAGGGGUCGCCGCCCCCGUCCUACGACGACACCAUCGCAGAUGUCCCGCCCGACUACACCUGCACCGAUGCGCUCGCCACAGCGCAGACACCAGAGUACACGCCGUUUUCGUCUCUGAAUGCUUCUUUUUGUUCUGACGUUCCGAACUGCUUGCGUAUAAGUUGUAAUACGUCGCCUUGUUCUUCCCUCUUCUUAGAGGAGAAAUCGCUCUACGCAGACAUCGAUUUUGGUUUCAGUGAUGAGGGAGUCAGAUCGCAUGCAAAGAAGAAGAAUAACAAGAAGACUGCUGCGCCCUCUAAGAACCCCUUUGAAGAACCGGAGAAGCAGCCAGAUCCGCCCGCAGAUCCUCCGCCUGGUGACAAUGGCGGCAGUGAUCCGCCGGCGGAUGGUGGAGCAGGCGGUGGAGGGGACGGUGGUGGUGGUGGCGGUGGUGGGGACGAGAAAAAAGACGACGAUGUUGACGACGGAUGGGGCGCCGCAGUUGGCAAGAAGGGGAAGAAGAAGACUAAAAAGCAGGAGGAAGAAGAGCGCAAGAAGAAGGAAGAGGAAGAAGAGGCAGAGCGCAAGAAGAAAGAGGAAGAGGAGGCUGCUGCUGCGGAGGCGGCAGCGGCCGCCGCGGCGACCGCGGCCACAAGUCCCGGCGCUGACCUUAGCUGGGCAGACGGUAACGGAACUGCCGCUGCCGAAGAUGAUGGCUGGGGCUCACUUGCACCUGUGGCGAAGAAGAAGAAGGGCAAAAAGGGCAAGGCGGCUGAAACCGCUCCACCCGUAGCAGAUCCAAAUACCACAUUUGACAGCAUUGAUCUUGGAGAUGAUUCUGGUGCACCUAAGAUUGACAUGAGUUUUGGUGACAUAGGCUCCAAGUCGUCUUUUGGUGGUCUAGGCAGUCUGGGCAGUUGGGGCUCCGGCGGCGCCAGCGGCGGCGGCUGGGGUGCUAAAAACUCAGCAUCGUGGGGCUUCGAUGACAAGAAAGAAGAGGGCAAGGGUGACAAUCCUUGGGGUUCUGCUGAAGAGAAACCCAAGGGUGGUGACGGAUUCGACUUCAACUUCGAUGCGUUCAAACCAGGGGGUGCAGCCCCUCCUGCACCACCACCCUUGGAAGAGAAGCCACCAGAAGAGGACGGAUGGGGCUUCAGCUUUGGAAACAAGGCGAAGGAUAAGAAGAAAAAGGGCGGUAUUUCUGCUUUAGUCGAGGAAUCAACGCCAGAGCCACCCAAACCCGCAGCACCUCCGCCAGCCGACGAUGAGUGGGGUUCGUUCUCGUUCGGCGGUGCGAAGGACAAGAAGAAAAAGGGGAAGAAAGGCGCUCCUAUCGAAGAGACUCCUCCCGCGCCCGAACCUGUUCCGGAGCCCGAGCCUGCGCCAGAACCGCCAAAACAGGACGACGAUUGGGGUGGAUGGGGCGGAGCUACUACUACUGUGACCAAGAAAAAGAAGGGAAAGAAGGGCGCAGUCGAAGAGCCUCCACCACCACCCCCUGAGCCUGAACCUGUCCCAGAGCCUGAACCAGAACCAGUCGUCGAGGCACCUCCGCCUCCUCCUGAGCCUGAGGUGCCUGCAGUCGAUCCUUUCGCUGGACUUAGCAAGGGUCAGCGCAAGAAGCUGGAAAAGAAGCUAAAAGACGAGGCAGCGGCGAAGGAAGCGGAAGAAGCCGAGCGCAAGAAGAAAGAGGAAGAAGAGGAGGCUGAGCGUUUGAAGAAGGAAGAGGAGGAAGCCGCUGCUGCUGCCGCAGCUGCCGAGGCCGAAGCAGCGACGGCAGCCCCCGUCGGGCCAGUGAAGAGCCAGGACUCGUGGGGUGACUGGGGCACUGCGACGACUACGACCGGGAAGAAAAAGAAGGGCAAGAAAGGUAAGGAGGAGCCUAAAGUCGAAGAGCCGCCGCCGCCGCCACCACCACCACCCCCCGAAUCCGAGCCCGCGCCCGAACCAACACCAGUCGAGGAGAAGAAGGAUGAUUGGGGCGAUGACUGGGGUGCGGCUGCGACGACGACAACAACAACAACAACAACAACAACAACGAAAAAGAGCAAGAAGGGGAAGAAGGGUGUCGUUGAGGAGGUUGUUGAGCCGCCCAAGGUCGAAGAGGCCCCGCCACCUCCACCAGAGCCCACUCCAGUACCGCCUGCCGACGACGACUGGGGAUCGUUUGGAGUCGCGACGACCAAGAAGAAGAAGGGCAAGAAAGGCGCCGUUGUACCUGAUCCGCCGCCUGUCGUUGAGCCUCCACCGCCUCCGGAAUCUGAACCUGUGAUCGAACCCGAACCCGAGCCUGAACCCGAACCUGAGCCUAUCGCUGAGGAAACAAAGGAUGAUUGGGGUGAUGACGACUGGGGCGCAGCUGGCACUACAGCGACAAAGAAGAAGAAGGGCAAGAAGGACGAACCCGAACCUGCGAAAGAAAAGAAGGAGAAGUCCAAAGAGAAGGAAGGUGAUUGGGGUUUUAGCUCGAUAUGGGGUGGUGGUAAGAAGACGAAGAAGAAGAGCAGUAAAGAGCCUGAACCUCCGCCGCCAGAGCCCGAGCCGAUCGUUGUGGAGGCUGCUGAGAUCCAAGAAGCGGAUGCCAUUGAAGAACCUCAGGCACCAGAAGAGGAUGAAUGGGGGACUCCAUCAUGGGGCAAGAAGAUGGACAAGAACAAGAACGAUCCUCUCGAUGUCACCGACGAAUUCGCUUCUGGCCAUAUUCAGAAGCCGGACGAAGAUGACCCCUGGGGCAGCGCUCAGUUCAACAUCAGCAAAAAGACUAAGAAGGGAAAGAAGGGUAUCAUAGGUGGGUUUCCCUCCGUGCCGACACCGCCUGGCGAGAUCGAUCUUCUCGGUGAACCUGAACUGCCUCCAAUGAAAGAGAUCGAAGCGCCCCCAGCAGAAGACAAGAUUGAAGAUGAUGGCUGGGGCCUCGGGACCUCUUCAUCCAAGAAGAAAAAGAAGAAGGGCGAAGAAGACGGCGGCAAGCUCAGCAAGACGACUACCAAGGACUCCGCCUCCAGAUCUGCCAAGGACACAUUUGAAGACCUCAUUAACCUCGACGAACCGCCGAAAGAGGAAGAGCAGCCUGCUCCUGAGCCUCCGAAGAAACACGUCUGGGUCGAGUACGUGCCUCCGCCGCCUCCGAAGAUCGAGACUGGCACAGCAAAGAAGAAGCGUUUGGCGAAGGAGAAGAAGGACAAGGAGAAGUGGGAUGCCGAGCAGCAGGCAAUCAUCGACCGCGAAGAAAGGGAGGCCGCGGAAGCCGCAGAGAAAGCACAAGCCGAAGCUGCGGAAGCUGAAGCCGAGAAGCUGCGACUGGAGGCUGAGGAAGCGGAGAAGGCACGCAUUGAAGCUGAGGAGGCUGAGAAAGCUCGAAUAGAAGCUGAAGAAGCAGCGGAGAAAGCGCGAGUCGAAGCCGAAGCGGCGGAAAAGGCUAAGAAGGAGGAGUCUUCCGGUUGGGGCGCUUCGAUAUGGGGCUCCUCAAAGAAGAAAGAGACCUCCAAACAGAAGAGGGAGCGCGAGGCGAAGGAAAAGAAAGAGCGCGAGGAGAAGGAGAGGCUUGAGCGUGAGGAAAAGGAACGCGUUGAGAGAGAGGAGCAAGAGCGUAUCCAGCGGGAGGCCGAAGAAGCCGCAGAAGCAGAGCGACUCCGUAUUGAAGCAGAAGAGGCAGAAAAAGCACGGAUCGAAGCUGAAGAGGCUGAAAAGGCUAAGAAGGAGGCCGAAGCAAGCUCUGGUUGGGGUGCUUCUAUCUGGGGUUCAUCGAAGAAAAAGGAGACAUCAAAGCAGAAGAAGGAACGAGAGGCUCGCGAAAAGAAGGAGCGUGAAGAGCAAGAGCGUCUGGAUCGCGAGGCUGAGGAAGCGACGAAAGCAGCUGAAGCCGCCGAGAAAGAGGCAGCCGAGCAGGCUCAGCGAGAAGCGGAGGAGGCUGAGGCUGCCCGGUUGGCUGAGGAGAAAGCGGCUCUUGAGGUUUCGUCGUCGAAGAAGGACAAGAAGAAAAAGAAGAAGGGUGCUGUCGUUGAAGAAGCCCCGCCGCCGCCUCCUGCUCCUCCCGUAAUCGACGAUGACCUCCUCGAUUUGGUCAAAGACGUCCCUGCCGCAGAUCUGCUGGCUGAACUCGAAAAGGAAGACCCCAAGAAAGAAGAGUCAGGCGGAGGCUGGGGUAGCGCGUGGGGGAUCUCUCUGCGUAAGACGAAGAAGCCCGAGCCGAAGCUUGAACCCACAUGGGACGAUUUCAUGGUCGAUGAGUCAGCUCCCGCCCCUGUCGAAGAACAACCAAACCCGCCAGAACCUCCAGUUGCUGACGAACCUGUUCCGGAACCUGAACCGGAGAAGAAGUCAUCCAAGCUCAAGAAAUCUAAGAAGGGCGAUCUGCUCAAGAGUUCGUCAAAGAGCAAGUCGAAGGCUGUGGAGCCUGAGGCCGCGCCAGAGCCUGAACCCGAACCCGAACCCGAGCCAGUGUUUGAAGACGCUCUAGACGAUAUCGCACCUCCUCCACCUGAGCCGCCGGUUGUUGAGGUCGAGGAGCCGACGCCUAAAAAAUCUUCCAAGUUGAAGAAGGGGGAGAAGGUCUCGUCUAAAUCUUCCAAGUCAAAGAAGGAUAAGUCACCUCCCUUGGAGAUUCCCGAUCCGGAGCCCUUCGAAGAACCCCCUAAGAUCACUACACCCGUACCUGGGGGCUUUCCCAUGGAUGAUGAGAUGGAUCUGAUCGAUCUGGGCAUGGCGCCGCCACCCCCCGCAGAACCUGAGCCCGAGCCUGAACCCGAGCCCGUCGUCAUCGAGAAGAAGUCCAAGAAAAAGAAGGAGAAGAGUAGCAAAAGCAAGGCGAUUGUUCCUGAGCCUGAACCUGAGCCCAUCGUCGAGGCACCCCCACCACCCCCACCGGUUGACGACUUCGUGGACGACAUGCUAUACGAUGAACCUGCACCAGUGGCCGAUGAAGCUCCGCCAGCUCCGCCCACGCCACCACCUGAGCCUGAGGUCAAGCCUGACUCGGCGAAGAAGGAGCGCGCGAAGGUGGUUCGCAAGGGCGGCUCCAAUUCUUGGGGCCUUUGGACUACUGCUGCUGGAGCCGCUGUUGCUUCAUCCUCGAAAGCCAAAUCAUCCAAGAGACAAUCUACCGACGAUGGCAGCAGCGCCGCAGCGCCUUCAAGACCCAGCGUGUCCCGCUCCAAAUCCGCUCGUGCUCCGUCUUCGCGCGAUAAGGAUGUGCUGUCUCGAUCAUCGGGCUCAGACAAGAUGAGCAAGACACCUUCACGCUCCAAAUCCACGCGCGCCCCCACUGGUCUUGCUUCGAUGUUUGGAGUGGGUCCUCCUCCAUCAAGUCGCAGCAAGCGUCGCGGUUCAGCCACACCCCGCACAAUGUCCAGACGGCCCUCGUUCGACCAGGACGCCGCGAUGAUGUCGCCUCCACAGACUGACACGGACGCGAAAGUUGCCUCGAAGGCGGCCAAGGUAAUGGGCAUGCGUGGGUCGGUCAGCAGGCGAUCCAGCACUAGGGAAAAGGGCAAGUCUAGAGCUCCCCCGGACCCGUAUGCCUUGGACGAUGAUCAAGAUAUCGACAUGGGGCUCGACGAUGAGGCCCCGCCUUCACCCUCACCAAUGCAGAAAUCCAAAUCGCGCCGCAAAUCCAAGCACGACUCGGCGUCGCCCGUGGAAGAGCUGUACACGGCUCCGCCAAGCGCCGAGGACCCGGUCGACAUCGAUCCGAUGGAUGUCGAGCCAGCCCCAGCUGAACCGACCCGGCGCGAGCGACACCGUCGUGAGCGUGGCAACUCCAGCGCCCGCGAUACCAUCGCAGCAGCGACAGCCGGUGCAGCCGCAGCGACUGGACUAAUGAGCAUGUUUGGCCUGGGCAAGAAGAAAGACAAGGCUGCGCCGCCCGAGGACGACCGGCGCGAGCGCCGCAGGGCUGCUUACGAGACAGAAGACGAGCGGAGACGGCGCAAGCGGUCCUCUGCACGCGAUGCACCCAACGACGACGAAGCGAAACGGCUGCGCCACGAGCGCCGCAGCGUCCGUCGCUCUUCGCGCAUGCCGGGCGGCGAUGUCGAAGGCGGUGCCGAGCCUGGUGACGGCGCCAACGGCAGCACCGACGUCGACCCUGAGCGCGAGGCCAGACGCGCCGAGCGCCGGGCAAAGCGAGAAGCAGAGAAGGGAGUGCGCCGUGCGGAGCUCGAAGAGAUCGAGGGCAAGGCGGAGCGUCGUCGCGAGCGCGAACGCGACAACGAGCGCUCCGUCUUCGCGGAGAAGAAGGCCCGCCAGAUGGCCGAGCUGGAGCGCCGCAACAAGGAAGCUGAGGAGCAGCUGCGCCGCAUGAAUGAGAAAGAGGCGCGUCGUGCCGGUCGGGACCGGGAGUCCCGCAAGGCUGCCCCCGAAGACCGCGAGCACCGCUCCUCCCGCCGCAAGGACAAGGAGCGUGAGCGCUCUACUCGCCCAGACAACGAGCGCCGCAAGACGCACGUCGACGGGGAGGAUCCCGAAGAACGUCGUCGCCGCCGCGAAGAGCGUCGCGCCAUGCGCCGCAACUCGGAGUACCCUUCCGCCACCCCCAAUGGCGAACCCAUCACAGACUACUUCGACACGCGCAAUGCCAGCCAGCACGCCUCGAGUCGGCACCGCAGCGCCCGCCGCGAGGACCACGAAAACAUGCCCUACAUGCCGUCCAAAGGCGGCGACAAGACGUCCUCCUGGGUCGACAGCCUGUCCAACGAGCCACCACUUCCCCCGCCCCUCGCCGAAACCGUGUUCGAUCCGCCGCCUGGCGCGCGGGCGGUCGAUGGGCUAGGUGACGAGGAGAGUCCGAGUGCAGACGAGGAGAUUAGGAUGCGAAUACGGCACCCGAAGCGUUCGAGUCGGAGGGAAAAGGAGGAGAAGGAGAGGGAAGUGAGGGAGAGGGAGAGGGUGAGGGAUAAGGGACAUAGGCGGCGAAGUCAUUAUGAGGGUACCAGGGACGAAGGGGAGGUGGAGGUAGAUCGCGAGAGGAGGUCGAAGAGGGAGGAGAGAAGGAGGACGUAUGGCGAGGCGGGUUACGCGGAUGUGCCUGUGAGGACGUGGGAUGGGAGACCGGCGGCUGAUGGGGCGGCGGGCCAGGGGAAGAGGGGGAGUUGGUUUAAGAAAAUCUUCUAA